AUGCUCCAAAAGUUCCGUAGAUGGUAUUCUGUAGGGAGUCCCGAAGAUCAGAAUAUUGACGAGAAACAUACCCUUACGCAGCUGAUUAAAGCGAAAACGGUCUCUUUCUUCGGUGGAAUAUGCCUACUUAUCAACGGAAUGACCGGGCCGGGUGUGCCAUUUACCCCCGCAACCUUUCAACAAUCUGGGUGGCUCUUCCCUUCCAUCCUUUUCGUGGCAUUCUCCUUCGUAUCGGCGUUAAGCGUUCUGUUCGUGAUAGAAAGCAUGCAGGCUAUACCUGGCAACAAGAACUUUCAGGGAACGGUCGAAUAUGCUACGCUUAUCAAUUUCUACUUCGGCAACUAUGCCCACUUGAUUGGGCAGUUCUUGCUGUACGGCGCAUUGCAAGCGAACGCGAUGCAGUCCAUCGUCUUGAUGUCGCAAACCUUCGAUAACAUCCUGGUUGAUGUCUUUGGAAAAACUUGUGCGUUGGCGGUCAGUGGGCCGAAACCGGGAUGGUACUGCGUGGGGACGGUGUCACAGGAUUUCCCCUCGCCAUUUGAAAAUACGUGGAUCAUUUUCUCCUUGGGGUUCCUGCUGGUUAUGAUCAUGUCCAUCCCACUCGGCAUCGUGAAUCUGGACGAUAAUAUCAAGGCUCAGAUUGUCGCCUUCUGCCUCUCCGUCGCCAUCGGAAUUGAAUGGAUUGGCGCCGCGUUCGUGCGCGGACUGGACACUUCCAGAGUGCCAGCAUUUGGGUCAUCAUUUUCGACAGUGGUGGGAACGAUCAUGUUGAAUAUGGCGUUCACGACGAUAGUACCGUCGUGGGUCAACAUCAAGAAACGCGAAGUGAAUGUGCAAGGGGUUGUUUGGUCUGCCAUCGCGAUUGCGUGCGCACUCUACAUGGGUGUCGGGUUGUUUCCCGCUCUUGGCUUCUCCAUCGACAGCGACGGCAGCAUUUUGCCACCUCUGAUGCGCAGCGGCAAAAUCAACAAGGUCUCGGCGUACAUGUUUUCGAUCGUCAUGCUACUCCCUUCCAUUCCUGUCAGUUUCAUUGUGGCAAAGGGCAACCUCGUUCAGAAUCGUGUAGUUAGCAAACAUGUUGCCUUGUUCCUCGCCUACGUCUUGCCGUGGAUUAUGUGCAUCCCGCUUCAAACUGGCAAAUCGAUGCAGGGCUUCAUUUCAUGGACUUCCUUGAUCUUUGUGUCCACCGCAAACUUCUUGAUCCCUCUCGUGAUUUAUCUCAAGUGUCUCAAGUUCCGAAGGGAGUAUAACCAGAGUCGAGGUAUGUUUACAUCGCUGCAAUGGAUUAGGAAAGGAAAACGCCUUCUAACCUGUGGGCUACAGCUCUAA